AUGCCUGGCUAUCUGAGACCUACUCUGAAAGUGGCCGGUGUCGCUGCUGCCGGUGCCGGACUGGCCUUCAGCGGAUAUCGACACUACAACUCGACAUCCUUCUUUUUCACCCCGGUUCACGCCGAGACUCUCCCAUCAGACUCUCGAGCUGCUCUGAAGAAAAUGGAGUGGAAGGGCUUCACUGAACUGAAGCUUCAGAGCUCGGAGAUGGUCAACCACAAUGUCAAGCGAUUGACAUUUGCCCUGUCAGAUGAUGAAUCCAUUACUGGCAUUUCACCCAUCACAUCUCUGUUGACCCAACAUACUCCGGAAGGUGCCUGGAUUCCUGUCUUCAGACCGUACACCCCAGUGAGUGACAAUGAUCUCCCUGGGACCGUCACCUUCCUGGUCAAGAAGUAUCCAAAUGGCAAGGGCUCCGGCAAGAUGCAUUCCCUGCAGCCUGGUGAUUCGAUGAAAUUCAAGCCACUCCACGAGUUUGACUACAAACCCAACCAAUUUUCUGCAAUCACCUGUAUCGCUGGUGGCUCGGGCAUCACUCCAAUCUAUCAACUCACUCGUAAUAUCCUCAACAACCCAGAGGACAAGACGAAAAUCACCCUGGUUUAUGCCAACAAUACCGAAGAGGAUAUCCUGCUGAAGAAGGAAUUCGACGAACUCGCUCAGAAGUAUCCUGAACGCUUUACCAGGUCCUAUGUCGUCAGCAAAACCACCCCGCAGAACGAGGCAUCAUACGAAACAGGGUACGUUAACAAGGCACUACUCAGCAAAGUCAUGCCGCACAAGAUGAACGAACGAAACAUCAAAGUCCUUGUGAGCGGACCUCCGCCAAUGAUUGAAAGCGUUGCUGGAGCCAAGGGCGGCUUCGGUUGGACCCAAGGCAGCCUUGGAGGCAUUCUCGGCGAACUGGGAUACACCAAGGAAGAAGUGCACAAGUUUUAG